AUGGAUAUGAGACUGUCCUAUCGAUAUCACAAAAAUGUAAAAGGAUUUAGCUUUCGGCACAGAAAAUACCAUAACAAUGGACGUCACCAAACAGUUUCCAGUAAAACCGAAACAGAGCCUCGGUUUGAAUCCGAUUCCAUAGAGGGACAUUAUAGAUCUGCUGCUGUGGCGUCUGAUGCUGGAACUCCAUGUGCAAGGAUCGGAACUCACAUCAUGAGAAGCCGUCAUGGGUCAGCUGUAGAUGCCGCUAUUGCCACUCUUCUAUGUCAGUGUGUUACUAACUUUCACAGCUGUGGCAUAGGAGGUGGAUUUUUCAUGACAGUUUAUAAUAAGGAGUAUAGGUCUGCAUACACGAUCAUGGCUCGUGAAACGGCUCCCAGUGAAGCUAAUGAGACCAUGUUUGUCAAUAGAUCAUCUACAUUAGGUGGUUUGGCUGUUGGUGUUCCUGGUGAGAUACGUGGUUAUUGGUUAGCUCAUCAGAUCGGUGGAAGACUUCCAUGGAAAGAAUUGUUUCAGCCAUCAAUACAAUUAUGUCGGGAGGGUAUAGUGGUUGGAUCCCCCGUCGCUUUUGCUAUGUCACGUCAAACCGAAACUAUUGAAAAAUUCCAGGGGUUAAAAGAUUUAAUAGUAAACCCAGCAACAGGGCGUUUCUAUGAAGCUGGGGAAACUGUUAAAAGGCCAAAAUUAGCCAGAAGUUUGGAGAUAAUUGCUUAUGAAGGUGUUGAUGCUUUCUAUAAAGGCAGAUUAACGGAAGAUAUAGUGGCGGACAUACAGGAUGCAGGAGGUAUCAUCACUGAGAAUGACCUUGCUGGGUACAGGGCACUAGUAAAGGAUCCGUUGGUAGUCAAACUAAACACAGAACAAACUGUUUUCUCCCCUCCGCCACCUUCUAGCGGAGCAAUUUUACAGUUCAUAUUGAAUAUACUGGACGGAUAUAACCUGAACGAGAAAAGUCUUUCAUGUAAACAAAAAGAAAUAGUGAUUUGGCAUAGAAUCAUAGAAGCUUUUAAGUUUGGUUUUGCUAAACGAACGAACCUUGGUGAUGGAGAUGUUGAAGACGCGGCUUUUAACGAAGAAUUAAACGAGUUUGUCAGAACCUUAACGUCCGAGGAGUAUGCCGAUGAAAUACGUUCUCAGAUUUCGGAUAGUCAAACUUUCGGAACAGAAUACUACGGGCCAACUUUUUUUGACAGAUUAAAUUCGUCUGGAACUUCACACUUGUCUGUACUGGCUCCUAAUGGAGAUGCAGUGUCGGUAACCAGUACAAUCAAUCUUCAUUUCGGAUCUAAAGUUGUUGGAAGUCGAACUGGUAUUAUAUUUAACAACGAGAUGGACGAUUUCUCUACACCAAACACGGUGAAUGCUUUUGGUCUUCAUGCAUCCCCAGCAAAUUUUAUUAAACCUGGAAAACGCCCACUUUCCUCAAUGUCUCCUAGUAUUGUAGUUGGUCCUGACGGCGUGGUUAAUCUAGUCGUCGGAGCCUCGGGUGGUACGAAGAUAAUUACUUCCACGGCAAUGGUUACAAUAUUGACCCAAUGGUUAGGUUUUAGUAUAAAGGAGGCUAUUGACCAUAGACGAGUACAUCAUCAGUUACUUCCUCCUAAUAUUGCUGUUGAAAAAGGAUUUCCACAAUUUAUUCUGGAUGGAUUGUUGUCACGUGGACAUAAUAUAACAGUACAAGACAGUGCAGGGUCUGUCGUACAAGGUAUACUUCAGCGACAAGAAGGAUGUGUUACUGCUAACUCCGAUUUCCGCAAGGAGGGAGUGCCAGACGGAUUUUAGACUUUUAAAAAAAUGUAUAUGACUGUCUAGUGAAUAUUUUGAGAUACACAUUAUGUUUUUAAUGAAAAACCAUCUUUUACCACAGGGAGUGUCUGCAUAUAAAUUUGCCAUUUCAUAUUAGAAAAUAUCGCUACUCCACAUAAGAAACGGGUUUCUCGAUUAUCAUUUUCUAUAGGCUG